AUGGGUCGUGGUGGUUGUGAAGGUGAAGUCACCAAGGCCCGUGUCGCAGCCGUGGAGACCGUCGCCAGCAAUGCCGGCGGGCUCACGAAGAGAUCAGUCGCCGGAUCCAACGGUAAUGCGGCGAAGCAGUUCACCAUGGACGAGGUGUCCAAGCACAACCGCCCAGGGGACGCCUGGGUGGUCGUCCAAAACAAGGUGUACGAUGUGAGCGACUUCGCCGAUCGGCAUCCAGGCGGGCGCGUGAUCUACUCGCUGGCGGGUCGCAACGCCACGGACGUGUUCGCCGCCUUCCACAAGCCCUCCACCACGGCGUUCCUCGCCACGCUGAAAAUCGGCGAGCUCAAGGACAGCGAGGUCGAGCCGACGGGCGAUCUGCUGAAGGACUUCCGCGAUCUGCGGGCGUCGUUCGAGGCCAAGGGUUACUUCAAGAGCAGCCCGGCGUACUACGUGUUUAAGGUGCUGUCCACGUUCGCCAUUGUCGCCGCCAGCCUCGCCAUCAUCAUGUGGACCUCCGACCCGCGCUGGGUGCUCUUCUCCGCCUUGCUUCUCGGCCUCUACUGGCAACAAGUCGGCUGGCUCUCGCACGACUUCCUUCACCACCAGGUGUUCCAAUCGCGGUUCCUGAACACGUUCAUCGGCGGGUACAUCCACGGCAACCUGGCGAUGGGCUUCAGCACCAACUGGUGGAAGAACAAACACAACACGCACCACGCCGUGCCCAACGAGUGCGACAAGGAGUACCGCCCGAUUGAUCCUGAUAUUGACACUCUGCCGUACCUGGCGUGGAGCGAGGACAUUCUCGCGACCGUCAAGAGCAAGACCGUGCGCUCGCUGCUGCGCUACCAGAGCCCGCUCUUCUUCCCCAUCCUCUCCUUCGCCCGCUUCGCAUGGUCGUACGCGAGCCUGACUUACUGCUUCUCAGACGAGGUGCCCGAGAAGGAGCGCUUCUGGGAGCGGCUGUUCAUGGUGCUGCACUACGCGUGGGUGCUCGGGUUCGGGUUCGGCUGCCUGCCGUUCUGGACGGCCGUCAUGUGGAUGCUGACGGGGCAGAUCUGCGGCGGGCUGUUCCUGGCGGUGGUGUUCGUGCAGAGCCACAACGCCAUGGAGAUCUACAACGAGGGCAAGGACUUCUACACCGCCCAGAUUGUGACCACGCGCGACGUGAACGGUGGCCUCUUCAAUGACUGGUUCACAGGUGGGCUGAACAGGCAGCUGGAGCACCACCUGUUCCCCACCAUGCCGCGCCACCACCUGGGCAAGACAUGCAAGGCAGUGAAGGAGCUGUGCGAGAAGCACGGGCUUGUCUAUGAGGAUGUGUCUUUUGCCAAGGGCACGUCGCUCGUGCUCCAGCAUCUCAGCAGAAUUGCAGAGAAGGCAUGA